AUGCCAGAGGCUGUGAAUGAUGGAGAAGCCGGCUAUCAUUCUUCAUGUUACAGGCGAUUUUCUGCUGUAGAUUUUAAUAAAUAUAAACCAAGACCAAAAGUAAAGCAUCCUCCACCUAAUGUGAGUGCACCUUUGCAUUCUUUGAUACCUUCUACCAGUGCUGGACAGCCUUCUACUAGUGCUGGACAGCCUUCUACCAGUGCUGGACAGCCUUCUAACAGUGCUGGACAGCCUUCUUUGACGUUAGAUUAUUGCUGUUCCAUUUCACCUUCCACGGCUACUGUUCACACUGCCGAUAUCGAACGAGACCAAAAAAUUCAGAGAACAUCAGCAGAUGAGGGCGCGAACACCAGUAACCUUCAAGACCUAAAAGAUUUCCAUGGACAACCUGAUCAAAAAUGUUUCUUCUGUCGUAAGUGCAAUAAAAGGAGGAAUGGCCGUUUGCAAUUAUUAAUUGUUGCAAAAUCCGACAGGUUUCUGAAAAAAAUGAAAACUAUUGCAACUGAAGUGAACGACAUAGAUGUUUUAUUGGAUUUAAGUUUCUACGUAGCUUCCAAUUCACCUUUUAUCUAUCAUAAAGUUUGCUACCGAAGUUAUCUAAACAAAAUGAAUAAAAAAUUAUCUGAUAAACAUACUGCCUGGCAUGAUCGUCGCAACCACUACAAGAAAGCUUAUCAAAAUCUUUGCGAAUAUAUUAAUGCGGAGAUUUUGUCCAAGAAACGUUGCGCAUUGUAUUCCGAUAUAUGCCAAUAUUUUCAAAUAAUUCUGAAGGAACAAUAUGAUAAUGUUUCCUUAGAUGUUGGAAUAUUUUGUACCAGUUACCUGAAAAAAAAAUUGCUGGCAACCUUUGGUGAGAAAAUUCAAAUAUUAGAAGUGGAGGGAUCAACGGUACUUGCAUAUGGGGGUAUUAAUGAACUAGCUGAUACAUUCAUUUCAAGAUUAAAAAUUAAUUCAAUAAUAAGGAAAGCCGCAUUAUCAUUAAGGGAUGAAAUUAAAAAUAUUGACACUAAUACUUUACCAGAAGAGCUCAAUGCACAACAAUUGAUACAGGGUGAAUGCGAUAUACCCGAACUAUUAAUACUUUUUUGGUCGACAUUGUUAAGUGGUUUCGAUUUAAAAAAGAAGAAAAGUACCAAAUGUGAAAGGCUCGUUAAAUCAUUUUCUGAAGACAUGAUAUAUGCCGUUAGCAAUGGAGCUAUAAAAACGUCUGGCCAAUAUGAAGUUUUUGAAAACAAAUUUAACCAUAUGGAUGCGGCUUGGGGUUGUCCAACUGAAAGCGGCUGGAAGUUGGAGGGAAAUAAAUUAGUAUUUAAUUGGUUUGAUGGUCCAGCAUUACCUACAGGAGUUAUCAGCGAUAUUGUUAUAGAUCGUGAAGAUAGUGAUGAAGACGAUGAUGAGGAAAUUUCCAAUACGGACGUCAAAUACGAAUUCGAUACGAGUGAGGAUGAUGGCAGCGACAAUGAAGACCUUGGCGUAGAAGAAACUACACAAGAGUUUGAUGUUCCAUACACAAUUACAGGACCUCAACAAGCAAGACCUUCCGAUUUUCUUGGAAGUCUUGAAAAUUACCGCUUCAAAGAGGUUUUGAUAAAGUUCCUGGCAAAUUAUUGGGAAAGUGAUCAUUUAGCACCUAUAAUACGAACAAAAAUUUUUUUUAUAACUGUUGAGACUCAAUGCUACUCCUAUCAAUCGAUAGAAAAACAUGUAGUAAGAACUGAAGAAAUCGACUAUGAAUGUUACCAUGAAGAAGCGGAUACGCGAAUUAUGCUUCAUAUCAGCAAAGUUCAACCAACUUCAAAAAUUUUAGUGAAAGCUUCCGAUACUGAUAUAUUAAUAAUUUUGCUGGGAAACAUGCAUAAAGUUCCAGAAACAGAAAUUGGUUUAGCGAGCUCAGGAAGUAAAACAAAAAAUGAUAAAGAUUUUAACUGCAUAAACUGCAUUGAAUUAGCAUCAAAGUUAGGGUCCUCUCUAUGUCUUAGUCUACCAGCGUUCCACGCUUUUACAGGCUCUGACUACACUGCAGCUUUCUACAACAAAGGCAAAAUCAGGCCUUAUAAAAUACUUUCGAAAAAUGAAUCUUAUCAAAAAAUGUUUGCGUCAUUAAAAGAUAGUGCCGAAAUUUUCAUCGAAUCGAAUUGA